AUGCCUACUCCUAACUCACAUCGAACUAUCCCCGUGUUUAAUGACGGUGGUAAUGUCCCACCGUCCUCCGACGAUCCUAACUACCGACGGGGCCUUCUGGAUGCUCAAUCUGAGCCUCGUGAACGUGUGUCGCCUGAUAAUGGUGAAAUCACCGAGUUUGAAUUGAUGGAAUGUCUGUCGGGAUGGAUGGAGCCCUAG